UGUUUGAUCAUGUAUGAUGAGAGACUCUCGCGACAUGCAGAUGUUUUAAUAAGAAAAAUCAUGCUAAUUCAACCCAAAUCGUGAUAUCAGGCAGUGUCAGAAAGCUGGUUGGAAGAAUACUUGAGAAUUGAGAAUGUUCAACAGGUUUACUGCGGCUCUGCACCAUGCAGUUGAAGUGUUGGGCGAGUCAGAUUUGCUCGCUCCUACCCAGACCCUUCUGGAAGAUUUCACCUUUCACUGGAAGGCCGUCACACAUUACUUCAUCAACACCAAAGAUGACAAGCAGCCGGUGCAGGAGAGCAACAUCCCCUCCCACCUGAACAACAUGCUGGCCCUGCUGACGCAGGAGGAGCGGCAGAUGGAAGAGGACCAGACGGGGCCCUGCAUGGAGUACCUACUGCAGCACAAGAUCCUGGAGACACUGCACACGUUGGGCAAGGCUGAUUGUCCGCCCGGCAUGAAGCAAGUCGUUCUGACAUUUUUCCUGAACCUCCUCGGCAAGGUCAAGCAACCUCUCCUGCCGCACGUCAACGUCUACAAACCUGUACAUAAUUUAAUCAAAGUGUGUGGUGAGGUGCGAGCGGGCCCCACUGAGAAGGAAGAAAUCCAGUUCCUCUGCACGGUGUGCUCCAAGUUGAAGGAACAUCCCUACUCCGUCAACUUCUUCCUUGAGCUUCCAAGACAGAAGAGCAAAAAGCCAAGACACAACUCCUCCCCGUCAGUGGCAAGUAGCUCGGGCAGCAGCAGCAGCAGAACCAGUCUAGACGUCACCCAGCCCGAGUUCAGUCUAGUCAACUCCCUCAUAGCCUUGGCACAGAGCCCUGACAGUAGGAUAGCUGUCAAGGCGUGCGAGGGCCUGAUGCUGUGCGCCAGCCUGCCGGAGAAGCACGCUGCCCAGUGCAUCGUGGACCACACCCAGUUCUGCGCGCUGCUGGCCGAAAGGCUGUGCACGUUAUACAAUGCGCUGCCCCUCUCCAUGGACCCCGUGGAUGUGGACAGCGUGGAGGCUAAGUGGGGUUUGUACAUGCAGAGCGACGCGGAGGAUACCAACAUGUUCCCCGGUAAGCGGCAGCUCAUCUCGCUACUGUCCUGGUAUGACUAUUGCGACCAGGUGAUCAAGGAGGCUCAUCCCACCGUUGGCCGCUCGCUAGCCAAUCAGAUCCGGGAGCGCUUCCUGGUGCCCAUCAUGGAGCAGCUCUUGCUGCAGUCGUCAGAGGUGGGCAUUUUAACCAGCACAGCUCACCUGGUCAAGUUUGUCAAGAUGACAACCUCCCCGGCCCUGCUGGAUGCCCUGGUGAAGUUCAUAUUGGGGGAGGAGACGGAGCCGGAGAAGCCGGGGGAGGGAGGGUACAAGCUGAGACAGCGACUGAUAGACAGAUGCGACAACAUCUCGGACGAAAUCUGCAUAAUGGCUCUGAAGUUAUUUGAAACCCUCUUCUGCAAAGCCAACGGUCACAUUGUCACUAACCUGGUCCUUCGCAAUCUCCAGUCGCGUGCCUACAACAGCCGGACCGACUCGACGGAAAACUGCGAACAGGGUUCUGGUGACACGAGCGACCAGGGGUCGAGCACCACCAACCCCAGUGACCAGGGCUCUUCCGACUCUUGCGACCAAGGGUGCGGUGACGCAGCCGGCCCGGGGUCCUCCGGUCACCCCAGCGACCAGGGUUCCAUCAACGGGGCCGUGAGCGACAGCGGGGUGGAGACACUUAGCAACGGGCCGGAGAGCCCCACCCUCAUCCCGAGCUCUCCCAUGCGGGAUGGGGUAGUGAACUCUCUCUCGGAUGCGGGUAGCGAGGCUACCCAACCGUCGCCGUCGAUGUCCACAACCAGCUCAGAAACAGACGACAAAACUAGCAUUCAUAAGAUUGUCAACAGUUUUCUAGGUCUCAUGCCAGAGGAGGCCAGGUCUUCCUAUUUGACUGGGGAUAUAGGUUACGAUACCUACCUCAGAGAGGCUCACAGACUGUUUCGAGAGUGUUCUGUCAACUGUCUUCCCUACGAUUGGCCGAAUUACCCUACACCUUUGGAACGCUGUCCAGAUGAGGCAUUUUACGAGGGGGCCUUUCUCAAAAUUCUCUUUGACAAGCUAUCUCGUAUGCUCGAUCAGACCUAUGAAGUCAACUUGCAAGUGACCUCCCUCCUUUCCAAGAUUUGUCUGUUCCCUCAUCCUCACAUCCAAGAGUUCUUCCUGGAUCCAUACUUGCCGGUGGCGGCUGGCUGCAGGACAAUGCACUCUGUCCUCCUCAGAGUGGUCAGCGAUCUGAGCGUCCGGCUCAGGUCGAUCCCUGAUUUCCAGCGGCAGGCAUUUGUGGUAAGGAAGCAGCUGAUGGGCAUGGUGGAAGAAGAUGACAGAGGCAAGAAGUCCAUAGCCCCCAUUAUGAACUUGCCAUACAUUGAUCUCCUGGAGGGUGUGAUCGUCCUAGAGGAGUUCUGUAAGGAACUAGCGGCGAUAGCGUUCGUCAAGUUCCACGCUGCAAGCGGCCGGACGUAGCCAACAUCUCACGUGUACAGUCCAGAAAGCAAUCUGAAAUUCAGUAGUAAUGGAAUGGCUUUAAUUUGAAUACAAGAUUUUAAAAAAAAAAAUUGGUGCACUUGACUUGCAUUUGCUAGGGUCCGGGUUCAUUUCCAGACAGGGCACUUGGGGGGUAGGCCGUCUGCAUGUACAUUGUUUCAAGGUCCUGGAAUUGGUUUAAGAAUUAAAUUAUUUCUGACCGCCUAAUGUCUGUGGCCAGAGUUUGAGGGAGCUACACCAAUCUACAACAAAAAUAUAUAAGCACUUUAUUUUGUAAAAUCAAUUUUUUUCCGAGCAAUUUGCAUUUUCGUGCGAGACGGUUAUCCUGUAGGGUAGUCAAGACUAGGGAGGGAGGGAGAUUUCCAGCUGCACAGGAACUCGUUCAGCAUUUUUUUUUUCAGUUUUGUGUGGCAUUAAAAAAAAAGCGAGACAGAAAACUGGAAAGGUUUACAAGCUGUUUCACAGUUGAAAAAA